CAGCGCUCGAAUCAUCAGCACUUUGACACGACAUGACUUCGCUCAAGAGGUCAUACGCGUCGACCGGCUCGGGCACGACUCUAAGCAGCAAGACAUACCUCCGAACGCUCAAGUCAGGAAAGGUCCAAAAAGUUGUCCGCGAGCUCUACCUCCGCCAAGACAUACCAUGCUCCUCCAACCUAUGCACCGAGUGCAUCGACAUCGCUCCAGCAGGAUUCAAUGGCAAGAAGGAGCCGUUCGUUCUUUCCGCCACACCUGCUGGUACUAAGCUCUAUCCCGGCGGGCACUACCUGGUUCCUGAUACAAAUGCCUUCCUCAAUGCCAUGGACUUCUUCGAGGCCGAAAACACAGUGCAAGAUGUUAUUGUGCUGCAGACUGUGCUGGAGGAGGUCAAGAACCGGUCACUACCGUUAUACCACAGACUCAUUGCUUUGACCAAGAAUGACGGCAAGCGAUUCUAUGUCUUUUUCAACGACUUCCGUUUGGAGACCUACGCCACUCGGGAGCCGGGCGAGACCAUUAAUGACCGCAAUGAUCGUGGGAUUCGCAAAGCCUGCGAAUGGUACUCAGAGCAUCUGCAGAAGGCAGUUAAAGCUCGUCAAAGCAUUCGAUGUCCUGAUAUUGUGAUGCUGUCCGAUGACAAGGACAGUUUGCGCAAGGCUCAGCAGGAAGGUGUGGUUGCCACUAAUCUAAACGACUAUGUGUCUAGUCUGCCAGAUGCAGACCGUCUGCUGGAUAUGGUUGCUUCUAGUCGUGACCAACGUGCAUCACGAGAUGCCAAAACGCAAUUGCUCUAUCCUGAUUAUAUUUCCACGUCUGCCAUGCUCACUGGUGUCAAGAACGGAACUAUGCAUCAAGGCACAUUCAGCGUAUCGCCAUACAAUUAUCUGGAAGGAACAGUGCACGUCCCAGCAUUCGAUCGUCCUCUCAUCAUCCAAGGACGCGAGAGUAGCAAUCGUGCAGUAUCUGGAGAUGUUGUGGUGCUUGAAGUCUUGCCUAGAGAUCAAUGGAAAGCCCCCUCAAGCAAAGUCAUCGAAGAGGAAGACAUUGGCAAAAACGACAACGCAGAAGUCGAGGAUGGCAGCAAUGAAGGUGUCAUCUCGGUACAAGAGCGAAGAGCAUUGCAGGAAGAAGUCAAGCGUGCGCAUGGCAAAGUAGCAGAGGGCAAGCCUCAGCCGACCGCAAAAGUCGUUGGCAUCAUUAAGCGUAACUGGCGACAGUAUGUGGGACACAUCGACAAGGACUCUGUCAAAUCGGGAGCCAAGCAAAGCCGAGCGCAACAGACCGUCUUUCUCAUACCAAUGGACAAGCGUAUCCCGAAGAUCAGAGUGCGCACGAGGCAAGCCGGCGAUCUUCUUGGAAAGCGCGUACUGGUCACUAUUGACUCCUGGGAUCGCGAGUCACGGUACCCUGUUGGCCACUUCAUUCGUAGUCUGGGUGAAUUGGAAACAAAGGGUGCCGAGACUGAAGCUCUCUUACUUGAGUGGGAUGUGCAGUACAGGCCUUUCCCAAAGACUGUGCUAGACUGUUUGCCAGCUGAGGGACACGACUGGAAAGUGCCAGCAGAUGUCAACGAUCCAGGCUGGAGAGGCAGGAAAGAUCUUCGCGAGGAGCUCAUAUGCUCCAUUGACCCUCCAGGCUGUGUUGACAUUGACGACGCUUUGCAUGCGAAGAAAUUGCCCAACGGCAACUUCGAAGUGGGGGUGCAUAUUGCUGACGUCUCACACUUCGUCAAGCCAAACAAUGCCAUGGACAAGGAGGCCGCUCUACGCGGUACGACAGUCUACCUGGUGGACAAGCGUAUUGACAUGUUGCCUAUGCUCCUCGGUACCGACUUGUGCUCACUCAAGCCAUACGUCGAGCGGUACGCGUUCAGCGUGUUAUGGGAACUGGAUCAGAAUGCCGAUAUCGUCAAGGUCGACUUCACCAAGAGCGUCAUCAAAUCUCGAGAGGCCUUCAGCUACGAACGUGCACAGCUUCGCAUAGACGAUCAAUCGCAGCAGGACGAGCUAACACAAGGCAUGCGCCAUCUCAUGUACUUGUCAAAGAAGCUGCGAGCGAAGCGCAUGGCAGCUGGUGCACUGAACCUCGCCUCACCUGAAGUUCGAGUGGAAACAGAGAGCGAGACUUCCGAUCCUGUCGAUGUGAAGACCAAACAACUACUGGACACCAAUCAGCUCGUCGAAGAAUUCAUGUUGCUCGCCAACAUCUCCGUUGCUGGCAAGAACUAUUCCGCCUUUCCACAGACUGCUCUACUCCGCCGCCACGCUGCUCCUCCAAAGACUAACUUCGAAGAACUAAGCAAUCAGCUCAAAGUGAAGAAGAACAUGGAACUUCGCUCGGACUCUUCCAAAGCCCUCGCCGACAGUCUUGAUACCUGCACGGAUCCUCAAGAACCUUUCUUUAACACGCUCGUACGUAUCCUCGCUACGCGAUGCAUGAUGUCCGCCGAAUACUUCUGCUCCGGCACACAAUCUUACCCAGAGUUCCGACACUAUGGUCUCGCGUCAGAGAUCUAUACACAUUUUACAAGUCCGAUUCGACGAUAUGCAGAUCUGGAAGCACAUCGACAGUUGGCUGCUGCUAUUGAGUACGAGCCUCUCGACUCAUCGUUGCAGUCGAAACAUAAGAUUGAAGGAGUGUGCAAGAAUAUCAACGUCAGACAUCGUAAUGCACAGAUGGCGGGCCGCGCCAGUGUAGAAUACUACGUUGGACAAGCGCUGAAGGGUCGUGUGAUGGACGAAGACGGAUUUGUGAUGCGGAUCUUCAGCAACGGAUUCGUGGUUUUUGUACCAAGAUUUGGUAUUGAAGGUCUUGUCAGGUUGAGAGACUUGGGUGGUGAGCAGCUGGGUGGCGAAAGGGAGCCUGAAAGUGUGUUUGAUGCUGAAGAGUACUCGUUGGAGAUCAAGGAGGGAAGCAGAGCCGGAACAAAGGUUGAGCUGUUCCAGAAGGUGAAGGUGAAGAUCAGCGAUGAAGCGGAGGAGAGUACUGGUAAGCGGAAGAUCAAGUUGGGUCUGGUAUGAUGACCACUACAUUGCUCGCAGCAGAGAGCCAAGCGAAGUACCAGACGAAAUAGAAUCCUUUCAAAACACGAAUGCCAGCAUUCGCA